AUGCUCUUCACAAGCUCGCUGGCUGCCACCUGCCCUAAAGGCUGCCACUGUUCCGAGCGCGGCGGAUUGACAGUGGUGCAGUGCGCCUCGCGGAAUUUGGAAAGCAUCCCCCAGGAUCUCCCCCACGACACCGUGGCCCUCCUGCUCUCCUCCAACCACAUCCGCAAGAUCCCCAGCCAGGCCUUCAAGGACCUGCCGCGCCUCCAGGAGCUGGACCUGUCGCGCAACCGCAUCGAGGCGGUGGACGCCGACGCCUUCCAGGGCGUGGCGGACAGCCUGCGCGUGCUGGACCUCUCCAACAACCUGAUCCAGAGCGUGCCCAAGGAGGCCUUCGCCCGGCUCCACGCCCGCAUCCGGCUGUCCAACAACCCGUGGCACUGCGAGUGCACGCUGCAGGAGGUGCUGCGCGAGCUCCAGCUGGACCCCGAGACGGUCAACGAGGUCAGCUGCCACACCUCGGUGCUGGAGGAGCACGCCGGCAAGCCGGUCAUCCAGGUGCUGGACUCGGGCAUCAACUUCUGCAACUUCCACCACAAGACCACCGACGUGGCCAUGUUCGUCACCAUGUUCGGCUGGUUCGCCAUGGUCAUCGCCUACGUCAUCUACUACGUCCGGCACAACCAGGAGGAUGCCAGGAGACACCUCGAGUACCUGAAGUCUCUGCCCAGUAGCUCGCAGAUAAGCAAAGAUUUUGACACAAUCAGCACAGUGUUAUAGCACCUGUGUUUAUCUGUUUCUUCCUACCGUGGACUUAAUGCAUUUGGAUUGUUGACUUUUCUAACGUCAUUUCUGGCACAGUUAAUCACACAACUGCAAGCCUUAAAAUCAGUAAGGGAAUUGAACAUUUUCUUAGACUACACCUUCAGUAAACACACAGACUCUCAGACGCUCUCUGUCCCUGCGAAUGAUAUCUGUCACACGCCAGGACUGCCCUUUGUACCACCAUGAC